UGUCUUGUCUUGUCUUGUCUUGUCUUGUCUUGUAUUAUCUGCCGUGACCAAUUUUCCGACGACUCUCUUUCAUUUGACGGAUUAUCUCAUUUCACCUUCACCGUUACCUUUACCUUUACCUUUACCUUCACCUCCACCUUCACAUCUAAUCAACCCCCCAAAUCUAACGUGACGUCCCGCACCACAGAGCAAAUCGCCGCGAAUCCCAGCAAGUCCAAGCUGUUAGGCCCGACACGACGAGGCACACGACAGGACACGACACGCCGAGACGAGACGAGAAUAGACGAGCGGGAGUGAAUAGGUGAGAACCAUGAACCAUGGGCGCCCUGCAUUGUAGCACUUGACGCAACGACCAUCAGCACAGCAGCUGCUGCUCGUCCGUCAAUCCUGCACUGCAUUGCAUUGCAUUGCAACAGGCAACUCAAUCUUCUCUGGACUCGCUUCUGCUCCUGCUAUUGCUCCUGCCCCUCUUGUUCUUGUUUCUCCCAUCAUGCCCUUCCUGCGUCGCCGUGGCGUCAUGGCCAGUGAAAACGACAUGCGGCGACACACUAUGAUUGAUCCCGAUUCAGGAUCAGGCCCGGGUCCAGGCUCAGGCUCAGGCGCCAACAUCUCGGGCCCAAAUCCGGCCUCUCUCGGAACGAAGCAGUCAGCUCCGCGAAAGUCCCUUGGCAAUGACUUGCUCGACCCGAGUGCUGCGAAUGCGCCAACACGGCUUUCAGUUGAUAGCACAUACCGGGAACAUGGUGAUAGGAAUGGGAUUGCAACUAACGGAGGGAGGGACAACACUGUCAACAAUGGCGAAAGUUCCUCGGUCGAGUCCAACAUGCCCUCACUAUCGACAUCUAUAUCGAUUGGAAGGCCGAGUGAAGACCCAUUUGACCGGCCGGAGUCUCCCCCUAUACAGGACGAAACACCAAAACAUCGGCGCUUCUCCAUGCUGAGGUUUAGAAAUGCUUCCGACCCCCAGUUGUCCGUGCGGAUGCGGCAACAGCAGAUGGCCGAGAAACCUCCACCAAUGCCAGAUCCCCCCGCCAUUAUCACAACUGCUCCUACCAUGGACACCCAGCUGCACCAAAAGAAGUCGUUUAUGAAGAUUCCCAUCAAGAUUCGCCGUUCGGGCGAGCUGCCGCGAGCUAGCCAUGGUGGACAGCUGAAAGUUGCGGCUAGCCAGAAGGACAGGAGGAAGUCGAUGACUCUGCUGGAGGAGGAAUCUACGACAUCAUCUAGGCCCUCCGUCACCUUCCAAGACCCUCGACCCAGGCCUUACAGCUCCAAGUCGCACCCAGGACCUCCCGCGCUUGGGGAACAAGGAACAGGAAGCUCAGCCUUGACUCCACCCGCAAAUCGCCUCUCUGAGUCGGAAAGGUCUGAAGCCAGCUCCGGGGAGCAUAGUGGAGGCUUUGGCAACACUCCCCCAGCGACUCAAGUCGCAUCGUCGAGUAGCAGUUUCUUUCGACUAGGCCGCCGGAAACACAAGCAACCAGAGCCCCUAUUCCCUCUAACGCAUUUACCACAGAGGAGCAAGACCCCCGGCUUACAACCCACAGUCUCGAACCCUUCCUUGACCAACGUCGCCGAGACAGAUACGUCACGGCCCUCGACCGUUCAUGGCCGAUCUACUCCUAUCGCAUCCCCUUCUCAGGGACUAGCCCUCAAAGCCCCCAACUCCCCUGCCACAGCCUUGUUCCGUCCUGGAUCGCGCAACUCUGGCCAGAGCUCCCCAACACGAGCCCAUCUCGCCCUAAGGGGAAGAUCCUCAACCAUGAGCUCUAUGGGCAGGAACUCGGAAGACCACCAGCUUCCAGGCACCGCCCGUACUUCGUCCUCGAUUGGGCGCAAAAGCUUCGGCGAUCUUCUCGGCUUGAACCGACUACGCCAGAAUCCCGACAUCAACCGUCAGGGCAGUCUGACUCCAGCUACUCCAGGCUCCAUCGCCUCGAAGAACAACUCCCUUCAAUUACCAAGGAAAGAAGAAUCCUACGUGCUACCUGAACGGCGCGAAGACGACACGCCUGCCAAAUACCUAACCCGUGUAGAAGAUCUUCUAAGUCGUGGCGUGAUAGCGAGUGCGCUCUCCAAAGGUUCCGAUCCGUUCUCUGCCUCAGUCUUGCGAAGCUAUAUGCGUACGUUUGGUUUCUUCGAAGAGCCCAUGGAUAUGGCUAUAAGAAAGCUGCUCAUGGAAGCCGAAUUGCCAAAGGAAACACAACAUAUCGACAGAUGUUUACAGGCUUUCGCAAAUCGAUAUCAUGAGUGUAACCCCGGCAUCUACACCAGCCCCGACCAAGCUUAUUUCGUCGCCUUCUCCUUGCUGAUUCUUCACACCGAUGUCUUCAACAAGAACAACAAGUUCAAGAUGCAGAAGGCUGAUUAUCUCAAAAACACCCGUGGCGAGGGCGUCUUCGACGACGUCCUAGAAUGCUUCUACGACAAUAUUACUUACACACCUUUCAUCCGAGUCGAGGAUGAGUUUGAUCUCAAUGGGAAUCGGACAGGUGGCCACAAGACGAAUAAGAAAGUCAUGUUUCCAAAUGGGACUCCGGAUACAAUGAAGCGGACCAGGGAUCCUAUCGACCCAUACGCUCUCAUACUCGAUGGGAAACUUGACACUCUAAGGCCGCCGCUCAGGGAUCUGAUGCCGCUAGAGGAGCACUACAACUACGUUGGUACUGCCAAGGACCUCAACGUCAGAGAUCUGCAAAGAACCUUUUUCAAAACUGGUGUCCUCCAAAUAGUAUCUGCACGCUCACGGCCAGAUGCUUUCAUGACGGAAAAGACACUGACUAAUCCUCAAGAGGCUGAACCAGGCAUUGUCGACAUCAAAGUCACAAAAGUGGGUACCUUGUGGAGGAAAGAUCCUAAGAGGAAAAGGGCACGAUCGCCAUGGCAGGAGUGGGGAGUCAUUCUGACUGGAGCGCAGCUCUACUUCUUUCGUAAUACUGCCUGGGUGAAGAAUCUCGUACAUCAGUACGAGUCUCACGUUAAGUCUGGCCAUGACGGCAUCCCUUUAAUUUUCAAACCGCCGCUUGAGCAUUUCAAACCUGACACACUCAUGUCAACUGAUGGGGCAGUGGCCUUGUUUGACCAGUCCUACAAGAAACACAAGAACGCGUUUGUCUAUGUCCGCCAUGGAGGUUUUGAGGAAGUUCUUCUUGCCAACGACGAAGACGACAGAAACGACUGGCUGGCGAAACUUAACUAUGCUGCUGCUUUCAGGACCUCUGGAGUACGAAUGCGUGGAGUUGUUGGUGGCAACUAUGAAGGUCAAAGUCGCCGGGCGAUCAGAAGAUUAGACAGCAGUGAGGUGACACAAGUCAUUCAAACGCCGACUGGUGAGGUCAGUAUCAAUCGUAGCCGCAUUGAUCAUCAGAUGGCGCAUGAUAUUCUUGCCGCUCGGCGAUUUAUGAUGCAAGACCGCAUUACACAAGGGGAGGACAAGCUACAAGCUGCUGAGAGACGACUAGACGAUCACCUGAGAAAUGCUAGGCAUUUGCUGUUGCUUGCUCCAAUCCAGGAAAAGACCCGCGAACAAGUCCGCACAAGUGCAGCCAGUCUCAUCGCUCAUUUACGAUGGUCGCGCACCGAGAUUUGGCGACUCAAAUGUCACAGAGAUAUCCUACUGCUGGACUUGGAAGAGGACAGAGAAAUCAAUGGUGACCUUGAGACUCAUCAAGCAGAGACGGACGCCUCGAACCAACCCGCUCUGGGCCACAUGGAAUCCAUAGCAAGCUUACACAACACCGUAGAGCAAAGCCAGCGCCCACCUGCGCCUUUGUCGUUGGCUCCUUCAUCUAGUUCUAUGAUACAGAACGAUGAGGAGUCGCCCGUCACUGAGGUCUUUCAGACACCGCCGACCAGCGCAACAGCCUCAACAUUCCAAAAGGCGCCAGGCAACCUCGACUCUGCAGCCGCGCAUCUUGAUUCUGCCAAUUCUCGGAAAGCCUCCAUGUCAAGCGCUACGUCGUCUGCAGCGCCGGGCCCUAUGUCGCCGCCCAAACAGAUUGCUAGCCCGACCGCGGGCCCCGACAGAAACCCAUACGACGAGCAUGAUGAGGACGCCGACGAACGACAGCUUUUGGAACAAACGGGUCUGCUCAACCAACAGCUGUCGCGUACCUCGGACGGGCACGAGCCGUCCAAGGCGGCAGACGACACACCCGAACGACACAAACGAGCAAGUGCCACCGCCGCGGAUAAGGACAAAUUAGAUCGAAACAAGAUACGGCGCAGCCUUCAGCGCACUCUCAGGGAGAGCACGGGCCACUUAUCACACCACCGGAGCAGAAAGGGAAAAGAUUCGGCUUCCAGCGGUGGCAUGUCUGAUGACACCCUUCGCGAUGAUGUGCUGUCCCGGGGUACCGGAAGCUUCACUGUGCAUGGCAAGAAAGCCUCGGUCAUCACCUUUGGUGCAGACCUGCAAGGAAUAUCGUCCAAUGAGCACAUCCGUCAGCGUAAGCCGCCUCCGAGCGAGGAGCAAGCAAAUUCUCCAGCCAGUGCCGAUGAUGACUUUCGUUCUGUCCUCGGGCAGCCUUCGUCGAGAAAAGAUAGGAGAGAAUCCGCUGCGAGCGCCAGUACUGCCACCGCGCGAUCUUUCCGGGAAUUGCACCGGAAAUACUCUUCAGCUCAAAACGCGCAUAGGGUCACCACUGGCGGUUUGGUUGUCCCGUCGGACGACGAUAGCGACGCGGCCAUUAGCUUUUCGGAUGGCAGAAGAACACCUCUGCCGCCGGUCGAAGAUGGGUCCGGUGACGAGGAUGACCUAGCCGCCCGACGGGCUGAAGCUCAGUCGAAGCUGUCUCAUUACUUCACGCCUGAGCCACCCAGCUCGCCAGUUGAAGAAGUUUCGGAGGAGGACGAUGUGGAAGACAAAACGCACCAGUCUAAUGAGCGGCUUAGCCCGCCAACUCAAACCAUCAGUGCAUAACGAGAGGUGUCACUCGGUCUUCACAUUAUUGCCAGCUUUUUCUCUCCUUUCCAGCAGUUUAGAUCUGGAUCGAGAAGCGUUUAGCGAUCACUUCUUUUUACUGGCGUUUUCGAGAAUGAAGCAUGCACAUGUUAAAGCAAAGGCAUGGAAUGCAUACCAGGCAGAUAACGUGCGUGGGCCACUCCAUAGUUUAUCCCUAGGUAUUCCCGACGGUUUGAAGAAUGGUUUCACCGUACCGGUAUAGUUUUUGGGUGCCCAUGGUGUACAUAGAACCAGGGAGCCGAACCACGCUCUUCUUAAUAAAAUGCAGCAUUAAAGGAUAAUUUAAAAAAAGAAAUAUCAUAGUAGUAAUAUUGAUAAACGA